UCAUAAGAACAUAUCUGCAAAAUCAAAGAAUGGCUUAUGUGAGGCUUGCUCCUUUGGCUCUCUACUUGCUUGCCACUUCAAUAAUGUUUCCGAUGAAGAAGAUAGAAGCAGCAGAUUGUUCAGGUGCUUGUUCACCGUUUGAGGUGCCACCAUGCGGGUCACGUGAUUGUCGCUGUAUCCCUGUUGCACCAUGUGUUGGUUUCUGCACUAAUCCAAGUGGACUUUCAUCUGUGGCGAAGAUGAUAGAUGAACAUCCCAACUUGUGUCAAUCUGAUGAUGAAUGCAUGAAGAAAGGAAGUGGAAAUUUCUGUGCUCGUUAUCCCAAUAACUACAUCGAUUAUGGUUGGUGCUUUCACUCUGAUUCUGAAGCACUUAAGGGAUUCUUAGCCAUGCCUGCAGCAAUCACCAAGUAAUAUGUGAAGGCCUGUGAAAAAGUGGUCAUGCAUGAUGCAUCUUCUAAUACUUUAUUCAAUAAAAGCUUAUGAUGCAUCUAAUGCUAUAAAUAAAAAGAGUGUUUCAUUCAAAUCUUAGUUUCUGGCUAAUUUCUUUUGUUGGAAAUACGUAGGAAAAAAAGAGACAAGGUU